AUGGCUUCUGCAGCAGCUACUUGCUCGGCCACAGACCUCGCCUCUCUUCUAUCCUCAACCCAAAACUCCACCCAGGCAGCUGCAACAGCAGCCUACCUCUGCUCCCAGCUCUCCUCCAUCUCCAGCCAGCUCUCCGACACAAACUAUGCAAUCAACAACACUUACCUCCUCUUCUCUGCCUACCUGGUCUUCGCCAUGCAGCUCGGGUUCGCCAUGCUCUGCGCGGGCUCCGUCAGGGCCAAGAACACCAUGAACAUAAUGCUCACCAACGUCCUCGACGCUGCAGCCGGCGGCCUCUCCUACUACCUCUUCGGCUACGCUUUCGCCUUUGGCGCACCUAGCAACGGUUUCAUCGGCAAGCACUUCUUCGGCCUACAUGAUUUCCCGUCCCCUCAGGCCGACUACAGCUUCUUCCUCUAUCAGUGGGCUUUCGCCAUCGCCGCUGCCGGCAUCACCAGUGGCUCCAUAGCCGAGAGAACCCAGUUUGUUGCUUACCUGGUUUACUCUUCCUUCCUGACAGGUUUUGUCUACCCGAUCGUCUCCCACUGGGUCUGGUCUGCUGAUGGGUGGGCCAGUGCGACCCGAACCGAUACCAGCGAUCUAUUGUUCGGGUCGGGUGUCAUUGACUUUGCUGGCUCGGGCGUGGUUCACAUGGUUGGUGGUGUUGCUGGGUUGUGGGGCGCUCUUGUUGAAGGACCUCGGAUUGGCCGGUUCGACCGAGGUGGUCGGUCCGUGGUUCUGCGCGGGCACAGCGCUUCCUUGGUUGUGCUCGGUACGUUCUUGCUGUGGUUCGGAUGGUAUGGGUUCAACCCCGGUUCGUUUCUGACGAUUGUGAGGGCCUACGGCGAGAGUGGAAACUAUUACGGGCAGUGGAGUGCGAUUGGCAGGACAGCUGUCACCACGACGUUGGCCGGGUGCACGGCUGCUCUGACCACUCUUUUCAGCAAGCGGCUGAUGGUCGGUCACUGGACUGUGACCGAUGUCUGCAAUGGUUUGCUCGGUGGAUUCGCUGCGAUCACCUCGGGUUGCUCGGUGGUCGAACCGUGGGCCGCGAUCGUGUGUGGGUUCGUAGCGGCCUGGGUUCUCAUUGGCUGCAACAAGCUGGCUGAGAAGCUGAAAUAUGACGACCCACUGGAAGCAGCGCAAUUGCACGGCGGGUGCGGGGCGUGGGGUUUACUCUUCACCGGGCUGUUUGCGACCAAGCAUUUUGUGAACGAGGUUUACCCAGGAAAGCCCGACCGGCCGUACGGGUUGUUCAUGGGCGGCGGAGGGAAGCUGUUGGCUGCCCAGGUCGUGCAGAUUCUGGUGAUCGUCGGUUGGGUCACCGCGACGAUGGCACCGUUGUUUUAUGGGCUACACAAGCUGCAAUUGUUGAGGAUCUCCGGCGAAGAUGAGGUGGCGGGCAUGGAUAUGACGAGGCAUGGCGGGUUUGCCUACGCGUACAAUGACGAGGACGACCCGACGGUUAAACCGGAUUUCAUGAUGAGGAGGAUUGAGCCCACUAAUGAAAGCACGCCCAACUCACAAGGCAACAAUGUUUGA